CACAUGGCCAUGGAGCCAAAGCAAGCAAGCUGGGAAGCUGCUACUAACAACGCAAUGCCGCUUAAUAAUGGAGUGGUUGAAGAGGAUGCUAGCUAAGCUAAGCUAGCUACCUGCAGGUCAAUGGGAUUGCCGCGUCCGGCCACCAACCCCCCCGGCCGUCAACCAUGUCAGGCAUGACGAGAAGCCCUGCAGCUCCAUCUAUAUAAGCUCUGCAGCUCACCAGCCAUCCCCAAAUCAUCCUUCCAGAUCUCAGCUCACUCUCACCAGCCAGCGCCCACUAGCUUUGCAUUGUGUGAAGUUCAAGAAUAAAGCCUCAAUCAAUUAAUCUUGUUUGUUGAGAUCCAUGGCAAUGGCGAAAGGUGCCGUCUUCUUCGUGGCCGUUGUGGCCAUGGCCGCGCUCGCGGGGCUCGAGGCGGCGACGGUCCACCCGGUGGGCGGCGCCGGCAAGAACUGGGACACCAGCGGCGACUACGACACCUGGUCCGCCCAGCAGAAGUUCACCCAGGGAGACAGCCUCGUGUUCACGUACCCGUCUUCGCACGACGUGGUGCAGACGACCAAGGCCGGCUACGACGCCUGCUCCGCCGCCAGCACCGACAAGAGCUUCACCGGCGGCAAGACCACCAUCAAGCUCAGCACCGCCGGGAAGCAGUACUUCAUCUGCGGCGUCCCCGGCCACUGCGCCGCCGGCAUGAAGCUCGCCGUCAACGUCGUCGCCGCCGCCGCCACCCCCGCCGCCAAGGCCCCCGCCAAGCCCAGGGGACAGAGGAGCGUCGCCCCCGUCGCCGCCCCUGCUCCGGCCCCGGCCAUGGCGCCGGCGGCCACCGACGACCAGCUCCCCACCGUCACCUCGCCCACGGGCUCGCCGACGCCCAAGCCUUCCGCCGCCGCCACCAUCGCCGGUGCCAAGGCCGCCGCCGUCGCGCUCGCCGUCGCCAUGGCCGCCGCCUUGGCAAUGUGAUUUGAGCGUCGGUGACAAAGGCUUUAAUUUUGAGCGUUUAAGGCCUUAAUCGUGUCGAUAAAUUUGCGGAUCUGUUCUUGUGAUUCUUGUAUCGAUCGAUCCCCUUCCUCUCUGGCAUGCACAUUGGCUUCCCUGCAUGUUCCUUCCGAUUAUUAUUGUUACGGCUAGUGUAUGAUGAUUUAUUUGUUGUAUCUCUCGAUCGAUAAAUAAUAAAGAUAUUCUCAUUCUUUCA